CAUUUUUGAAAAAUUUAAUGGAUACUCAAGACAGAGAUAGAGUCAGGAGGAGGGGAAGGAACAGGCAAGACAACGAUGAUGCAUCGUUAGGAUCAAGUUCAUUAACAUUCCCACAGUUUCCUUCGGGCAUGAAUGCGUCUAAUUCGUCCCCAUUCACAUCGCCAUAUAGACAACUGCAAUUACAACAACUGCAACUACAACAACACCAACAACAACUGCAGCAGCAGCAACAGCAGCAGCAACAGCAGCAGCAACAGCAGCAGCAACAGCAGCACCAACAACAGCAGCACCAACAGCAGCAGCAGCACAAACAACAGCAAUAUGCCGAUUGGGAUGCAUCGGUUGCACGGCAACUAGGCCAAUAUCUCUUUGGGAUAAUGAGCUAUCUGUGGGAAACAAUCAUUGGAUGUUUUUUGGUACUUCGCCCAAUUUUUUCACUGGUCCUGGCAGUCGUGGUAGUCUUUCUGAUAGUAGUAGCACUGGGCAGAGGUAUAUUCGCGUCAGUAUGCAAAGUUCCGUUGGUUCCCAUGAUGUUACCAUGUCCAGCAGUAGCAGCCACGGAUACCUUUCAAGUGCCUGAUUUUGCAGGCGUCAUUGAUGAUAAUGCAUCGGCUCUUUUAACACUUUUAAAUUCGAUGAAUAACUUGAAUCCAGCGUUUAUACCCAAAAAGAUCAAAAACAAGAUCAAAAGUAAAGGCCAACGCCUUUUUGGACGUAAGAGUAAAGAAGGGGGAGCGGCAGCAGGAACAAGAAGUAUAACGACUACGAAGACGGCGACGACCACGGCGACGUCACACGCGGAUGGUGGGCAACAGUAUUAUUACGGAGAAGGAUUUGGGCAACCGGAUAUGAAUGACAACUAUGAUAUUCCAGAAGAUUCGGGUUAUAGUGGUAGUGAGGAUGAAAUGGAGGAGGAUGAUCCAUAUGGAUUGAAUGUCCAUGCACGGGUCGGAGGACUGCCCUUACCCUUGUUAUUGAAACGUUCUGAGAUGGCGGUGGUGGAUUUGAAGGUGGUGGUGAAGCAUUCGUCGUUACCAGAUCAAUCAAAAGAGAUGCUGGUACAGUUAUUGGAAGUGUUUCAUUCCCGAGCUGGGGCAACGGCUAGAAACAUGCAGUUUUUGCAGUCUCGAGCGAACGGAUGUGUUGAUGGGUUGGUGGUUCGGAAUAGGUAUCUGAUUGCAGAGUUGGAUCGUUUGGAGAAGCAACUGGAAAAGAAAAAUGGAAUGUGGGAUAUGGUUUCAGAUUUUUUUUCAGGUACCAAUGAGAUUCAAGUUAAGGCUGAGCGUAAGCUAGAGCAAUUGUACAAGUCCACAAUGGAUGAGAGUCGUAAGCAUGUCCAAGAUCUUAUUCUGCGGUCCAAAGAAGUUUUAGAGGGCCUGGAUACACUUGAUCAAACAUUAGGAACUAUCAACGACUUGAUAACUCAGGAGAAUCGGCAACAAAAGACUGCAAAUGACGAGAUUCUUGCGCAGCUGUGGACUAUAUUAGGUGGUAACCAAGUGGAGCGUGAACAAUAUCGUGAAAACUUGGAAUUGUUACAAUCUAUGGAUGUACAACGCAAAGCGAUUUUUGGGCAGAUCGAGGGUGCUCUUUACAAAUUGACCAAUUUUGAAGCCGACAUGGGGGUUUUGCGUGAGAAGAUUUUCAGCGCUUCAGUAGGAGCGACUUUUGAGGAUGAAUACCAGCAUCAUCAUCAGACAGUUAAGGCGCCAAAAGAAGGUGAAGGAGAGAGAGUGGGAGCAGACUCAUUCAGAGCUGGGCAGGCAUCAAUGCUUAAAGUGCAUAUUCAGCAGAUUGAGCUUGUGACCCAGCGAUUGAAAGCACGGAGCUUUCUGGCGGAUACAAUGAAUAGUGGUCAAACGGGCACGGCGGGCCAAGGAAGAGGAGAGCGUUUAGGAUAAGAAAAAAGAUCGUGUAUUGUGUCUAUAAUAAAUUAAAUUAUGAUAUUGUGUAAGAUCGUCAGGAGAAUUACGUUUA